GGCCCGGCGGGGAGCGGCAUGGCGGCGGGGAGCGGCGGGGAGGCGGCCGGGCGGGCGGCCGCCGUGUUGGAGAAGCUGAAGGAUUUGAAGUGUCCGUCUCUUGAAGGCCUUUACAUAACGGAGCAGAACUCAAUCCAGAAGUUGCUGUGUAGCCCUUCGGUUUAUCGCUUCCAAAUCCUGGAGUGGAUGUUCGCGAGAGUAUAUCCUCCCUUCAGAGAAUCUUCGAAUUUGAAUGAAUUUCAGUCCGAAAUGAAAAUGAAAGAGAUGGUGAAACUGGGCCACGACCUGAUGCUCUGCCAGCCUGAUGAUCUGGAUCUCAUCAAGGGCACUGCCAGUGCUCUGAAGCAACUCGCUUUCAUGGACCAGUUGCUGGAUGCAAUUAAGAGCUUGGACAACAUGACAGGGCCAGAAGCCAGAAACUCGAGUUCUUCCAGGGUGGAGAAUUUCCAGGAUUACGCCAAGAAGACUGAAGCAUUCCUGACAGAGCUUUUUUCCAGUCCACAUCUUCAGGCAGCACUGGAUCCUGAGAUUAAUCCAUGGCCCCUGGACAUCAUGCCUCUCCUUGCGGAUGAGAAAGCCCUUCACAAAAGAACCUUCGUGUCCGCAAAAUCAAGUGAAAACGUGUUGGAGGAGCUUUCUAAAAUGUUGAAAACAACCACUGCAGACUUGGAAAAGCUCAAGGAAGAGUGCUGUUUCCUCAACCGUGAAGCGGCUGACCCAAACAACGACAGUGGCAACACAGUGGUUCAGACCCUCAAGGUAGUCGUCUCAGAUUUUCAUCACUUGGUUACCGCCUUUACUCAAAUCUACGAGAAUGAAUUGCGUGAACACUGCAAUCGCCCAGCACCUGAAAUCAAUCAGAGCGGUCCCCUUUUUCAGUCUGUGCACCAAAGUCUGACUCUCUGCCAUCAGGAACUGAAGGCCAUCGCUGAAGUUUCGGAUACUUCGAAGAAGAUAAUGGAGACCGUCGAGAGGCAGCAACAUGAGAGACGCUGCUGGGACAGUAGCCAUUUGGUGACUUUAUCCACAAAAAUGGAAGAAUUGAGACGAAAACAUGAACUCUUUCAUGACACUAUGCAGAAGCUCACAGCACAGAAAGGAGAAUGAAUGCAGUGGGACUAUUCCUCCAUUCCAAGGUGACUGUGGGGCAGGAGUCAUCUAAUAGAGAUGGGGAGAGGGGACAACAGCCACACCCAAACGGGCUCCUCAGAAGAAUAAAAUAUCCAGGAUCCAAGUCUGAAUGCAGUGGGAGAACACGAAGGAGAAUUAAAAUGAAGCUACCUUACUUCCCUAUCCGCUGGCCUGACAGGCUUUCGAAAAUAGGUUGUGAGCUUCCUCGUUGGUGAUUUAUCCCCUGUUCAUGGCUCUUCCCUCGCUACUAACUCCGAGGCAAGCUGUACAUUCUGUGCUCAGGGUGGAGUAAGGAAACGUAAGUAGGAGGGAAAUAUUUUUGGGCAUGUUAAUCAGCCACCUCUUCAAAGAUAUGUGGUAUAACAGGUGGCCUAAAAGUAUGGGGAAUGUGUUAACCCUUCAUAAUCCUCACACUGCCAGGACUGCGUGCCUCCUGAGUGCUUCUUAGAAGGAGUUGUCAUUUGUAGAUUCCAAAUAUCGGCGAUGCUGAUUUACAUAGGUGUGAGGCCAGUGGGAUGGGGCGUAACGGAGGCUGCAUAUUGUCGGUUUGAAUUUUGCACUUGUCCCCAAAGUUGGCAGGAGGGAUUACUGAAUGCUGAAAUUGCCUCACUACUUCUUGAAAUCCUAAAACCUCUGACUUGACUUAAGUAACCCUUUCACAUAUAUUCAGCAGGGAAUCCCUCUGAAGCCUAAUGUGAAUAAUCAGCUCAGCCCUUUUAUAAAGUUUCUGAUAGUCAGUGAAUCUCUCAAAGACAGUAGCUUUUCCCUUUUUCCAGGCCAUCCAAGGGAGUAUUCAAAUCUUCUGGGGGGUGUGGCAAGCUCCUCCCAUUCCUGCCCUUUCUGUCUUUCCAGGGAGGGAGUGUAAAUUCUUGAAUCUCUUUGAAAACACUGUUUUAGAGAAUUCCAAUUUUGUUAUGUCGUUCAUACAAUAAAUGCAGCCGUGUGCCGUAA